CCACAUGAUCCACAUAGCUCCUGUGGCAAGAUCUGAUCACUCUAGGCCAAAAGAAUUAGGGAAAAAAAGGAUGCUUUUAGAGCUCUUCACAAGAUUAAUUAGUAAUAAAACUCAGUUGUCAGCGGUUUGUCCUGCUUGAUUUUUUAUUUUUCUUGAUGCUUUUCCUCUGCAGAAUAAGAACCUUGCUUUGACCUUUCUGCUUAGCUUCAGUAUACCUUAUGCACCACUCUUUACAAACAGGGAAUCAUUAUCUAUUUCCAUACAUGUUGAAGUGAGAAAUUUGAAAGGUUCGUGUCGCUAUGAAGAAUAAGAAAUGAAAAGCACAUUCUUUCUAUGUAGUUGGCAGUCUUGAUCAAGAACAACCCAACAAGAAACUGUAGCAAAUACCUUUUUUUAAGUCUUUAACCCACCAAAAAGCAGAGAUCAGGGGAGAGAAUACUUGAGUAUCACUCAUGCCCCUUCGGUUGAUCCAAGCUCAUCCCUCGGAAGGUCAUCAGUGGGGCAGUCCACCUCGCGCUGUGCUCUAUCUUUCUCUACCUCUCUCUUUAUACAGCAUCUGAGGGGGCACCUAGUUGAGCACAAAGACAUGCAGCGCCUGUCUAGCUUAGCUAAGAAAGCUUACUGGACAUAAUUGAAGGUUGGCCUUGCUCUCAUUAUUUAUGAAACACUAAAAGAAGAAGAACAGACCAAUAAAAAUAAAACAAAAGGCAAAAUGUAGACGUCAUCGUCAUCAUUACAACCAUCACUUACCAGCCCACACACCAAGCCUAAAUCCCAAAACAAUUCUCUCACUUUACUUCUUUUUCAACCUUCUUCUCACCUUUUCCCUCUUUUUUUGUUCCAUCUCUUGCUUAUGAACCCUCCUCUACACCCGUCUCCUUUCUCAAGUCUUCCUCUACAAACACAUACAUUACCCCCUCCCUCCCUCCCUCAAGAGGGUACUUAUUCCACAAAAUAUAUAUUCUUUGCACAGCACAAAGAAUGCAAAAUCCUCUCUUUUCAACAAGGUCAUUGAUGCUUCUGUAAUUUAACAUUUGUUUACUUCUUUUCCCUUUCUUUCCUUUGAAUAAAGGGUAAGCUGAUUAGAUAAAUACAUCAAAGAAGAGAAGAAGAAGAAGAAGAAGAAGAGGGUCGGGGGUUUAAGCCCAUGGGUGGCAGAGUCAUCUACUCCCUAAUGUUUUGCCUACUCGGUCUCUUCCUUUCUUCAUCAGGUUCAAGUGUUGCAAAAAGGUUAGCAAAUGAGAAUAGUAAACGAGCAGGCCAUGGAACAACACAGGUUGUAGUCCUUGUGAAUUUUAUUUCCGGCAGCCAGAAGGACAUCACCACCCCAAUAACCACUGUUCCCACAAUAAUUCCCACCACAUCGACUCCCAUGAUAAACCCAAAUUCAGACCCCGAUUCCACAUCGCCCGCUACCAUUACGCCAGUGGUAACCCCAACGUCAACAACACCACCUGUGUCUGCAGGAGCUAGCUGGUGUAUUGCUAGCCCAAGUGCAUCACCAACAGCGUUACAAGUUGCUUUGGAUUAUGCUUGUGGCUAUGGCGGUGCUGAUUGCUCAGCAAUUCUACCUAGUGGAAGUUGUUAUAAUCCAAACACUGUUCAUGACCAUGCCUCCUAUGCAUUCAACAGCUAUUAUCAGAAGAAUCCAGUGCCCAGUAGCUGUAAUUUUGGAGGAACUGCUGCUACUACUAGCACUAAUCCAAGUACUGGGACAUGUCAGUUUCCGUCCACUAGCACAAGCUCUUCGGUCUUGAACACCACAAACUCAAAUGGUGCGACUGUUUAUGGUGCAGUGCCUUCAAAUCCUGCCCCAUCGGUAGCUACCAAAAUUAACGAGAAACCACAUUUUAUGUCUCUGACAUUUAUCAUUUUGUCGCUGGCUAAAUUAACAUCAACUCUGGGCUACAGGGGAUAAACUCACUCGAUUUGUUGCAUUUAUCAUCAUGUUGCUGGCUAAAUGUCGAUCUCUGACAUUUGUAGAUGGUGCUAUACUGAUCUGUUGCUUGCCCUGCUUGCUAGCUAGUCUAUGCUUUUUAGGAGACUAGUGAGCAGCUCAUGUGCAGGAACGCUGAAUGCUAUGGGGCAUAAUCUCAUGCCUUACUUUUUUGGUUACGAAUUGUAUUUGAUCUGUAAAUUAGUUGCUAGUAGUGAUCAUAUGAAGGGAGGUGUGUAGAGAAAGAAAUUGCAUUUUGAUGGUGGGGUUUUUUGUGCUGGUAGAAACAAGCAAGAGGAAUUUGCUCUUCGUUUUGCAGUGUUACAGAUUUGGCAUUUUUUUUUCUU